AUGGGUGUCGCAAAGAAGACGCGCAAGUUCGCGCAGGUCAAGAGAGUCAUCGGCAAGCGCGACGAGAGGUUGAAGCAGAACAAGGACAAGGCCGACCUGGGCAACAAGAAGAAGGCCGCCGAGGCCGCCCCGGAGCUCAUCCGCGAAGUGCCGCAAGUAUCCUCCGCGCUCUUCUUCCAGGCCAACACGGCCCUGGUCCCUCCCUACAAUGUCCUCGUCGAUACCAACUUCCUCUCCCACACCAUCCAGCGCAAACUGCCCCUCCUAGAGACAAUGAUGGACUGCCUGUACGCAAAGUGCAACCCCAUCAUCACGGACUGCGUCCGCCCAGCCCAGAAAGGACUGACAAGCCUGGACCCUCCCCGCCCUUCCAAAAGUAUGGCCGAGAUGGAGCGCCUGGGCCCCAAGUACCGCCUCGCCCUGCGCAUCGCCCGCGACGAGCGCUGGGAGCGCGUCAAGUGCACGCACAAGGGCAUCUACGCCGACGACUGCAUCGUCGACCGCGUCAACCGCCACCGCAUCUACAUCGUCGCCACCAACGACCUCGACCUCAAGCGCCGCAUCCGCAAGGUCGUCGGCGUGCCCAUCAUGAGCGUCGCCCGCGGCAAGUACGUCAUCGAGCGCCUGCCCGGCGCGCCCGAGACGUAA